CAGCCAGACUGCGUGAAGAACAACGGACAGAGCGAAACGGCGUCGCACACUGGGACCUGCGAGCUGUACUACACAUACGUAAAUAGCCAACUCACAGCCUGCAUAGUACAAUAUGGAGCUGUGAGGGUCGUGGACCUACUUUCUCUCGCUCUGCAUAAAAAACACUACAUUGUUUAUUUUCCGCAUUUACGAGUAUUUUCCACCAACAUGGAGACUACAGGCUUCUGGCUGCUACUGGCUGCACACUUUAUCCUUAUCUGCCAACAAGCUGAAGGAUAUGGAUACAGGAAUCAGCGCAAAUUUUCAGAAGACAUUGACUGGUCAUACGCAGGAACAUUAAACCAGAACAACUGGGCCAAGAAGUUUCCAUCCUGCAGCAACGCCAAGCAGUCUCCCAUCAACAUAGAACAGAACCUGGCCCAGGUGAAACUACAGUACCAGAAGUUGAGCUUUGAUGGCUGGGAGAAUCUGACAACUAACAGAACAACAAUCAAGAACGAUGGCAAGACUGUGACCGUCAAUGUGGAUGGUGACUUCUAUGUCAGUGGAGCAGGUCUCAGGUCAAAGGUCAAGGUGGGGUGCAUCACUUUCCACUGGGGGUGCUGUAAUGCUUCUUCAGAGGGCUCAGAACAUAGUCUGAAUGGUGUCAAAUACCCUCUAGAGAUGCAAAUAUACUGUUAUGACCCACUUCGAUUUGAUUCUUUGGAUGAAAGCAUCAAGGCUGGAGGCAGAAUCACAGCACUCGCUGUUCUAUUUGAGAUAAGCACUGAAGACAACAUGAACUACGCUGCUAUAAUAGAAGGCAUCAACAGUGUGAGCAGAUAUGGAAAGAGUGCCAGGGUUUCACCCUUCACCCUACAAGGUCUUCUGCCAAACUCCACUGAAAAAUACUUUAUCUAUAAUGGCUCUCUGACUACGCCACCUUGCGGCGAGAUUGUUGAGUGGAUCGUCUUCAAGAACACAGUAGCCAUCUCCGAUGACCAGUCUGCAGUUCAGAACCGGAGAACAUCCAGGUGGCACCACACAACCUUAGCAGCCUGCUGGUGACAUGGGAAAGGCCACGGGCAGUGUAUGACUCCAGCAUCGACAAGUACUCAGUCAACUACAGACUAGCUAGUACAGAGAAUGCUGUCUCAUCUGAAUAUCUGACUGACGGAGACCAGGAUGUGGGUGCGAUACUUGAUGACCUCUUGGCCAACACCAGUUAUAUGAUCCAGGUUGUGGCGGUGUGCUCCAACGGUCUGUACGGACGUUCAAGCAACCCAUUGAUGGUUGUCAUGCCCAUUGACAACCCUGAAAAUGCACUGGAUCCAGCUUCUUAUGAAUAUAGUAAUGAGGUCAAGUAUGAUCUAGAUCUUACCUGGGAUGAAAUAGGACAAACUAAGGACCACGAUCUGGAUUGGAGUGCAACAAACUUGCAGAGGACAACAACUUCUGAAUCACCUUUUUUGCUUUUGCCUACUAUUAGAACUACAACAGUAGAGUCGGGUCACAGGAAAGUUACCAAGGAUCCACUUCCUCCUCUUAGAGCCACUCAAUCUGGUCAAGUGUUGAGCAAUUCUGAAGAGAUGCAACAACAUAGUACCUCCAUGUGGUCACCAGAAAUGACCCUGCCACCAGAAACAAAGGGAAGAGCUAACUUCAAUGCCAAUGCUCUGUUUAAUUUAACCAAAACAACCAAAGAAAACUCACUUUAUACCACCACUGCUCCUUUACACCGCACGAUAAAAAUAGAUGGUGUUCAUGGAGGCAUUACCCUAAAUGGAAAAGGCAAAAUAAAGGGAGGUAUAAGUACCACUGCUCCCACAGUCACCACUUCAAAGGCUGAUUACAUUAAUAGAGGAUUAAGUCAACAAGAUUAUUCUGGAAAAGUAACUACCACUACUCCUACAAUUACCAGUGCAAAGACCAAAGAAGGUAAUGUUUCUCAAUCAGGCAACACUGCAACCAAUGUCAUGUCUCAUAUAAGUAAUGUGAGCAGCACAACGUCGUCUUCUACAUCCUUCAUCCAAACCAAGACUGAUCCACGUUUGGCACACCCAACAAACAAAGACAACACCACUGAUAGAAGUCUUUCUACUAAGCCCAGAGGUAUUCCAGAGAUCCAGACAGAAAGCUCAACUUCCAAACCUUCCUCUUCACCUACCAAAACAUCUGUCCAAUUAAGCCGCAUUCUCGUGCAGACCACAAAGCCACUGUCCAAUGCCACAGCAUCUGCCAUCAUGGAAUCCUGGUUCUCUGUAUCAUCUGUGCUAACUCCUUCACCCACAGCCUCCCCCACCACUCUCGCUUCAGAGGGACAGGUGAUAGACACCAGUACCAGUGCAUCUGGCUCAGGCCUGUUCCCCGACUCCCAGGAGGGCAUAGAUCAGGAGUGGGACAUGGUUCAAACUUCAACCUCUGGGGAGAGCAUGCUCCCUUACUCGAUGAACGUUAUUGGCAGUGCUUCCCCAUCUAGCUCCUCAGAGGCUGGCCAGAACCCAGACGAUCUGGAUGAACACUCCUCAGCAUUUUAUUUUGAAAGUGAGAGUAGCAAUGCAUUGGGCUUCGAGGUAGGAGACACGACAACGGAAGCAGUAACCUCUGCUUCACAUUGGUCGCUAGGUAGGGAGGAGGGGAGCAGCUCAGGGCAGAGUGAAAGCCUCUACGACAACGAGACAUCUUCUGACUUCAGUAUCUCUGAGCACACAGAAAGGGAGUUGACAGAAGAGGAGCCAGUAGCAGAUGCUAGUAACAGCAGCCACGAGUCGAGAGUUGGUUCAAUCAGGGAACAAGAGAGGAAGGCUGUGGUUCCUUUGGCUGUCAUCUCCACCCUCACCGUCCUCGGCCUGAUUGCUCUCAUCUGUGUUCUCGUCUACUGGCGGUGAGCACAGGGCUUUCCCAGUGAAGGACUUUGUCAAGCAUGUUGCUGAACUUCACCACACUCAAAGCUUCAAACGAGAGUUUGAGAAACUGAAGCCCAGUUACGAGGAGGCACAUAUGUGCACUGUGGACAUAGUGAUGUCUACUGACAACGCAAAUCAUCCAGACAGCAAGACUGAAAACAGACACAGCAACAAUUCGACCUAUGAUGAUACCCAGGUACACCUCUCACUAUUGGCCAACAAAAAAGGAAAAGCAAUGGAUUACAUUAACGCAAGCUACGUGGAUGGUUUUAAGAAGCCACGGUUGUACAUUGCUGCUCAGGGGCCUGUGAGGUCGAGCAUUGAGGACUUCUGGAGGAUGAUAUGGGAGCAGAACAUCUGCAUCAUCGUCUUGAUCAGCAACCUGGUGGAGAAAGGAUGCAGAAUAUAUGAUCAGUACUGGCCACUAGAGGUGCAGGAGGAGUACGGCAGCUUUCUUGUGACUGUGAAGAGCACUAAAGUCCUCGCCUACUACACCCAGAGAACCUUUAUCAUCAGAAAAAUCCAGGUAAAAAAGAGUUCUCAGAAGGGGCGGGCCAAGGAGGGGGCUAAUGAGCGGACUGUGACACAGUAUCAUUACACCCAGUGGCCUGACACUGGCGUUCCAGACUUAGCUCUGCCGUUCCUCUGCUUCAUCCGCAAGUCGUCCAGAGCCAGGACAGAUGACAUGGGGCCACUGAUGGUUCACUGCAGUGCUGGUGUUGGCCGCACGGGCACAUACAUUGUCCUGGACAGUAUGCUGACGCAGAUCCAAAAUGAGGGCUCCGUCAACAUCAUGGGCUUCCUUAAACACAUUCAAACUCAGAGGAAAUGCCUGGUGCAGACAGAGGAACAGUAUGUUUUUAUCCACAAUGCCCUGGUGGAAGCCAUCUUGUCUGGUGAGACAGAGGUGGCAGUGGCUCAACUGCAUACGUACGUGGACAAGCUGAUGACCCCAGGGCCUGAUGGAGGAACAGGGAUGGACAAACAGUUCAAGAUGGUUUGUUACACCAAUCUGAAGCACUGUGACUAUUCCACAGCUCUGCAGGACUGCAACCACAACAAGAACAGGAACUGCUCGGUGAUACCCAUUGAGAGGUCACGAGUGCAUUUGCCGACAACAGCAGGGGAAACAUCAGACUACAUUAAUGCAUCAUAUAUCGCAGGUUACAGGCACACCAAGGAGUUCAUCAUUACCCAGAAACCCUUGCCUGUCACCAUAAAGGACUUCUGGACAAUGAUAUGGGACCACAACGCCCAAGUCAUUUUGUCACUGCCUGGGAUGGAGGAAGAAGCAGAGCCAUUUGUUUUCUGGCCUUAUAAAGGGCAGCUGAUCAGCUAUGAGAUGUUCACUGUCACUCAAAAGAGUGAGACUCAUGUUUGUCUGUCCAACGAGGACCUGCUGGUAGUUCAGGACUACAUACUGAAAGCUACAAAGGAUGACUACGUUCUUGAGGUGAGACACUAUCGUGCUCCCAACUGGCCAAACCCAGACAGUCCCCUCACUUCCACCUUUGAACUUCUCAAACUGAUGAAGGAAGAGAUCCUCACAGAGGACAGCCCUACUGUGGUCCACGAUAAUGUGGGUGGGUUUACAGCAGGACUGUUCUGUGCUCUUUCGUCUCUGACUCGCCAGUUGGAUGCCGAAGCGUCAGUGGAUGUCUUCCAAGUAGCCAGGCUGAUGAAUCUCAUGAGACCUGGAACCUUCAACAACAUCGAGCAGUACCAGUUCUUGUACAAAGCCAUGCUGAGUCUCAUCGGGACACAAGAAGACGAGAAAACUCAGUCCUUUGACGCUAACGGGACCAUCGUGACGGAAACCACCAGCAUGGCUGAAAGCAUUGAAUCCCUGGUGCCAACGAAUAAAUAAAACCAACAAAAAAAUACUACACUUUUACAAAUGAGCAACAGCAUUUCGUCCCUUCCCUGAAACCACCAACAGAGCUGCUAGUGAAUCCAGACUCUUGCUACAAUCACUCAAGAAAUCUUGUCAUUCAAGACUCUGCCUUUUGUAGAUUGAGACUGGUAUGAGUUUCCUCUAUACAGUUUUGUAAUGUGUGCCUUUUUGCUCAUCUUGGAUUUCUAACUGUGAUAUGAGCUGUAGACUAAUUGUUCAAUGUUUUUAAUGCUGUACUGCCCUGAGACUAACUGUCAACGCCAAUCUUAUAUUUAUUGGCGCUGAGCCAAAUGUGGGGAAAAGGGGAAAAGCUGCAUCUUUUGACAUCAAAUGCUAAGGUCAAAGGAAAGACUCUUUGUCAGACUCUUUCAAUAUUGAUUUUGUUAAUGUGUCUUUAACAGAGUACUUGCUCUGUUAAAUGUAAAUUCUGUUUAAAUUGGUGUAGCAUGCUGCAGUCAAAUAUAAAAUAAGGGUAUCGAAUAGUAGAUUAAUGUACUGUAAAUAAUAUUAUAAUAAUACCCUGAAUGGACCAAAUUUCUAUUUAUGCUUUUCACCUUUGCUUUUAUUUUUGAAGGGUUUAAUUCUAAUUGCCUAGCUGCUUUUAUACUAUGGAUUUUGUAACAGUCAUGCAUGGGUACUGACCUUUUUGUUUUUUUGGUUUGUUUUUUAGCUAUAAAGGAAUCGCUGCUGGCUUAUUAGCUAAGGGAUUAAAUAAGGGAAGGAACACCAAAGAGAGCCUGUGAGAGUGUUUUGUUACUGUGUGUUGAACCACAAAUAUACCUGCAAAGAUGCAACAGACACAUGAACUAUUAGAGGUUUGCUCAGAAGUUAGUUAAAUACACCGUUUUGCAUACAAGUGAUGUUGGAAAUUUCCAAUUUAAACAUUUGGUACCAAGAUGAUGUAUUAAGUCCAUUGUAGACAGCAAUUAGCAAAACUGUAGAUUAGCAGAAUGAGUUUCAGCUCAUUAAUAUGCAGCCUUACAGAGAACCAACAGGAGGCAGGUCAAAGGUCACAAGGUCCAGACAAAAGGAACAAAAAUGAGGAGAAACAGCCUUCUGUGAGCCUGACAGGGAAGAGAUGUUACUGAAUCAAGAAACACCGAAAAUGGAGACAUACCCAAUUCCAUUUCUAAUGAUGAUUCUUGUCUGUGGAUUAUACAAUUCCCUUAACAGAGUCAUGGACUAAUCCCUGGUUAUUUCAGUUGAUCUUUGCAUGUGUUAAUCCAGGCUAAGACACUAUAAGAAAUGUGCCUUUUCAGGACAGAAAAUAGGUCAGUGUCCAGACGUAUCCACUUUUUAAUUUGCAUUUUUGACUUUUCAUGAAUACAAACUUAAUUGGUCUCUGCUUGGUGCCCUACUUUAUAUAACUGCCUUUAAAUCAAGAAGGAGCAAAAACGCUGAUCAUCUUUUUCUGAAGAGUUGAGCUCAACUAAUUAAGUGAUCAGAACCAUGUCACAAAUAUAAAGGUCACAAAAAGCAAUACAGGUGCAAAAGUCUGUAUUACGCAAUAACUGUUUUUAAUAUCUUAAAGCUUUGUGCUGACAAAUAUCAGCCAUAAUUGUAAACAUGUACAUACUGUGUAUUGAUGCAAAAGAAAUAGUGUGCUGCAGCCUUUAUCAUCAUUUGGCCUCUUUUGGUGUCAAGAUGAUAUAUUAAGUCCAUGCUAAGCACCAAUUAGCAAAGCGGUAGAUUAGCAGAAUGAUUUUCAGCUCACUGAUAUCCAGCCUUACAGGGAACCAAUGGGAGGUAGAUAAGUAAGUAAUCAAUAAAAAGAUAAGUAAGGGAGAACUAGUGCGUGAAAUGGACAAAUCAAGAGUGUGGAAAGUUCUGAAGAUAACAAGGAAACUGAUUGCAGCUGUAGACCGUCAUAAUUCUCUUCCAUUUGGGUCUGUGGGUGAUAUGUUCCCGUUGUGGUUGGGAAGUGAAGGACUAUAGCAUAAUAACAAUUAUUAUUUUGCUGGUAGUGCACUUCAUUCAUGAUUCAUUUCUAUUGGAAUUUAAUUCAAAUCUUCAUUCUGAGCUUUCUCGUCAAAUUCUAUUGAAUAUAAUGGUAUCCCUAAAAUUCAUAAAAAAAAUCAUCCUGGCUAGUUGACAUUAAAUUCUCAGUGGAUGGAUUCUCAAUUGAUUUAAAUGUUAGCGCAUUUGCAAUUAAAUUACUGCACUGUUUGCACUAAGAUCCAAGCAUUACGAACACCAAGGCCUCAAAGCUACAACACCAAUGAAUAAGGAAAUCUUGUGGAGAAAAGGUCUUCUGCAAAAUGUUGGAAGCUUAAAAAUGCUCAGAAUGAAGGAAAAGAUUCACUUUACCCAAAUACCUUGCAAACAAGAGAAUUCCACCUACCUGCACGGCUUUGCUAUCAACAUGGCUGAAUCCGAUGGAUUCUGUAGUGCUCUAAGCUUAAAAAUAAAAUUUAAAAAAGCUUAAAAAAUAAAAAUGGUCAGUUAUGGAUAUAGUAACAAUCCAACGAAGAAGAAAUAAAAAAAAAAAACAGACUAUUACAUUUAUAAUUGAAUUGUGACAAUCCGAAUCUAUAAAAAAUGAAUGAGAAAUACUUCACAUAAUAAUUUUAUUCAUGCAAUCAUUAUUUUAUAAAGCAAAAUAUCAGAACCAUCUGAUUGUUUUUUACUAAUCAAAUCUUUGAUUAUUGUGAAGGUCAAUCAAAAAGACAAAUAAAAACCAUUUGUUAUUAUUCAGUGUCAUAUUCUUGUUACUAACAGAUUUAACAUGAACACAUGAAACUGAACCACCUUAAAAAUACCAUGUGGUACUUCUAGCUCGCACUACAGAGGACGAGCGACUCUAAAUCUUAAACAUUGCAUAUUGUGGCUCCGUGCACCAUAGGGAACAUGGUAAACCAUUA